GUGAUAAAAAAAAGUAAAAAGUAAAUAAUAAUGGCUGUAGAGGGUGAAUUGUUUUCUCAAUCUGAUUGGAGAAAAAGUAUUAUUUCUCAAAUACAAAAAAGAAAUAAGGACGAAAAUCAUAAAUUCCACGAUCUGAUCUUGUUUCAUAACCGUUUGUUUGACAACUGGACAGCACUGCGCCAUGAAAACCUGCAGCUCACGAUUCAGAACGAGAAACUGCGAGUGGAGGGGAGCGGGAGUGGGGGUAGCGCCAACGAAACGAAAAUCUCGAUUCUGGAACAGAAACUGCUGAAUCAGCAAGAAGAGCUGACUGAGCUGCACAAGCGACGCGGCGAAAAGGCGCAGCUCAUCAACGAUCUCAAGGACAGCUUGAAAGAGAAGGAGAAGCAGAUCAGCGAACUCGAGGAGAGGUUAGCAGGGAGUUCAUCCGAAUGUAACAGAUUUCGUGCCGAAAUUGAGAUGUAUAAUGUUAAUAGGAAGAACUUGGAAGAUUUGAAUCUGCAUGUUAAAGAUGAACUUCAUGCUUUGCAAUUGGAAUUUGUGCAUCUUGAAGCAAAGCUACGCAAAACACAGGAUGAAAAUGCUAGGUUACUUGAAAAGUUGAUGAAAUAUAAAACUAAGGACGCCGAAAAAAUGAAUGAAGAAAAUGAAAACUUUCUCAGUGACAUAUUUAAAUUCGUUACCAGGCACAGAAAUGCAAAAAUGCAAAAGGAAAUAGAGGACGCAGUCAAAGAGCCGAGAGGCCUUUCGCCGGAACAAGUAUUCAACAUGCCCAUUUCAUCGGCUAUACCCAAGAAACCGAUUUUGAAAUUUGACGCCCAUGACGGUGAGGUGGAUGCAGUGAAAUGGAGUCCAGUAGACAGACUUGUGGCUACCGGAGGUGGCGACCGCAAAGUCAAGCUAUGGGAUGUCUCAAAUGGUAUUCUGGAGCCUCGAGGCAUUCUGCUGGGCAGCAACCGGGGCGUGAUGAGUGUGGACUUCGACUCGACCGGCACGGUCAUCCUGGGCGCAUCCAGCGAUCAGGCCACGCGCGUCUGGACCGUCGCCGACCAACGACUAAGGCACACUCUGACUGGGCACAGCGACAAGGUGAUGGCAGCCAAAUUCAUUGGAGAGGCAACCAAAGUGGUCACUGGCAGUUAUGAUAGAACUUUGAAAAUUUGGGACCUAAGAGGAAGGGCUUGUCAACACACAAAAUUCGCUGGAUCCAGUUGCAACGACUUGGUGACCAGUGAUGGUUCGGGAUCCACCAUAAUCAGCGGCCAUUUUGAUAAGAAGAUUCGAUUCUGGGAUACAAGAACUGAAAGCUUGGAGAAUGUCGUUCAACUCAAUGGCAAAAUCACAUCUCUGGACAUAUCUAAAGAUGGAAGAUUUCUCCUGGCGUGUGUUCGUGAUGAUACACUGCGAAUUAUUGAUCUGAGAAAAUCAAAUACUUUAUUACAUACACUGAGUGAAGAUGGACUGAAAAUCAGCUGUGAUUGGGCGAGAGCAGUGUUCAGCUCGGAUGCCAAACAGGUGGCGGUUGGCUCCAGUGAUGGAUCUGUGUUCGUCUUGGAGACAACCACCAAUAAGGUCGAAGUUGUCCUCAAGGAUGAGCAUAAGGCAGCUGUGACGGCUGUAGCGUGGCACCCGUAUGCAAAUUUCAUCGCCAGUGUGGGACGUAACAGACAAGCAGUGGUUUGGGCCGAUUUGUGAUCCACCAAAAGCAAUCUAUCUGGGACAGCUCUCAUGUUUCUCGACUAUUUUUAUAUAAAAGUGACUUCCAUUUAUACACUUAUAUUCACUAAUCCAUCUAUUGUCUUAAUUAAAUGUUCAAUACGCUUUAUAAGUUGAAGGAGUCUUGAUGAGCUAGUAGGAGUGUUGACAGAAAUCCAGGGGUAAUGGAGAAGUUGGUGAAGGUAUAAAAUAUUUCUCUGUUAAGCUGCGUUCACACCAAAGCUGUCAGAAAAAUGUUUAUUUUUCCGUCCUUAGAGAUUCUAUUAGAUUGAACUUAACUUAUCAUAAAUCAUACUUAUCAUAUUAAUCAUAUGUGGAUACACAUGAUGAAUAUAUGUGUUUGUCAAGCUCCGUUCUAUCUAAUAGAAUCUAUUAGGACGGAGAAAUAAACAUUUUGUUGACAACUUUAGUGUAAAUGCAGCUUAAUCAUGAAAACAUGAUUCAUGUUUCUAGCAAAAGAUAACAUGAAUUUGUACAAGAUUUACCAUGACUUGAAGGGAUUUGGAGAUUUAAUAACUAAGUUAGUUUCAACAUGAAAGGACUCAAAUACAUUAUUCAGAAACAAAUAAUCAUUAACAAAUUAGAUACAAUAACAUUAUUUUUGACUAGACCUAACUUGACAGUAUUUGAAUAUUUAGGGCCUGAUUUCGAGCUCGGGAUUUGGCUACGUUCUAGAAUCUAAACAGCUGGAGUCAGAAAAUUGGCUUUCCGAAACGGGGCGUAGUCAUAGUCACGUUUGAAUUAAAUUUUCAAAAACUAAAAAAAUCA